UUCCCUUGGACCUUACCCCAUCAUAUUGAUCCAGACACACAGACACCAUGCGGUUCCUACUGCUGCUGGAAUCCCUAAUGUUGGGCCUGGUGCUGGCACUUCAGGUCCCACCCUGGAAAACUGCAAAAGAACCCAUGACCACAGCAGUCCUCAUGACCAGCGGAGAUCCCUGCUACUUCCCCUUCCAAUAUCGAGGCCAGCUGUACCACAAAUGUACCAGGAGGGACCGUCCAGGACCCCACGCCUGGUGUGCAACCACAGACAACUAUGAUCGGGAUCAGCAGUGGGCCUAUUGCCUGGAGUCCAAGAAAGUGAAAGAUCAUUGCAAGCACAAUCCGUGCCACCAGGGCGGGACUUGCAUCAACACUUUUCAUGGAGCUCGCUGCCUCUGUGCCCCCCACCUCACCGGGCAUCACUGCCAAAAAGAGAAGUGCUACCAGCCUCAGCUGAGGCAGUUCUUUGAUGAAGAUGAGACAUGGCUUCGUGCAGAGCCACCGAGAGUGGCCAAGUGCUGGUGUAAGGGCCCCAAUGCUGACUGCAGGUGGCUGCCACACAGCCGGGCCUGCCUGGAUAACCCCUGUCUCCAUGGAGGGAAGUGCUUGGAGGCAGAGGGCCAGCCUGUCUGCCAUUGUCCUCCAAGUUAUGCAGGGUACUUUUGUGAAAUAGACACUAGUGCGAAAUGUUAUAAUGGUCGGGGACUCACCUACCGGGGCACAGCUCAGACCACGCUGUCAGGAAAGCAAUGCCAACCUUGGUCCUCAGAGGCCACAUUCCGAGAUCUGCCCAAGAAACAGGUGCUGGCCAAGGGGUUGGGCCAUCACCCCUACUGCAGGAACCCAGAUAAUGACACUAGCCCAUGGUGCUUUGUUCAUGCUGGGCCCCGGAUGAGCUGGGAGUACUGUAGUCUGGCCACAUGCCAGCAACCAACUCAGAGUCCAGCCAUUGCAUCAGAGGACUCAACUACUCCUGCCCCAUCAUCUUUCACAGCAUCACCCAGGGAGCCUCUCGGGUCCCAGCCUUCUCUGAGGAAGGUUGACUCUGUGGCUUGUGGCCAGCGACAAAAGAAGAGGCUCUCUGGGCUGACUCGCGUUGUGGGAGGGCUGGUAGCAUUACCAGGGGCACACCCCUACAUAGCUGCGCUCUACCUGGACCAGAACUUCUGUGGUGGCAGCCUCAUUAGCGCCUGCUGGGUUCUCACAGCAGCACACUGUCUGGAGAGCAGGCCUGACCCAGAACUGCUGACUGUGAUUCUGGGCCAAGAGCGAUACAACGAGAGCUGUCCGCAGUGCCAGGAAUUCUCGGUGCGUGAAUACCGUCUGCACGAGAGCUUCCGGUCUGACACGUUCCAGAACGAUAUUGCGCUGGUGCGGCUGCAGGAGACAGAGAACGGCAGUUGCGCGCAGUUCACGCCUUUCGUUCAGCCAGUGUGCCUCCCCGAUACUUCGGAGCCUCCAAGUGACGCCUUGAGCUGCCAGGUAGCUGGCUGGGGUCACCAGUAUGAAGGGGCCGAGGACUACUCUAGUUACCUGCAGGAAGCCCAGCUUCCGAUCAUUUCCUACGAGCUCUGCUCAGACCCAGAAGUGCAUGGGACAACUGUCACCCAGGACAUGCUGUGCGCCGGUUUCCUGGAAGGGGGCACAGAUGCCUGCCAGGGCGACUCCGGGGGACCGCUUGUGUGCGAAGAGGCAGCGGAUCAGCUCACUCUGCGCGGAGUGGUGAGCUGGGGCUCAGGCUGUGGGAACCGAAACAAGCCUGGAGUCUACGCCAACGUAGCCAGUUAUCUAGAAUGGAUCCGGGAGAACACUGCCUCCUAAAAGACUCUGGGUUUAACUUCCCCUGGGGUGGGCACUCCGGGCCAGUGGGGCCCUGGUAAUGGGGUGGGCUUAGAAUGAAGAGUGUGAGAUAGCAUUA